CUGCAGACUGCAGAGAGAUAUUCGACAAGUGUCGUCGCGGCGCGAACGGUAACAUUUUAAUCCCGCCCAGGCGCCCACGCAAGAACGUCACGCAUGUUUAAUUACGUGUUUCUGUGCGCGACGACACGAUAAUCGUCUUAUUCGCGGAUUAGCCAGUCCAACAUCUGUCAGUUCUGUUACCACUCUGAAAACUUUUGUUCCAUUAUCCUCGCGGACUCUUCGCGCGUCGUAUAUGUCGUAUCUUCGAGUCGAACCCGGUGCUAUCUCGUAUUCGGAUAUGAGCUGCGCUGUUCUCUUUGUAAUCGCCGUCUCUGUCGCGAGCUAUGUCGAUGGCGGAGUUUAUUACCUGGAGAAUGUAGACGGGGUGCGAAACAACGCGAUCUAUCCGAUCGUGGAACAGCAGGCCUCUCGCGAUCUGGACCUGGCUUUUUCCGCGGGAGAUCCCCUCGAGAACGAGAACGAGAACGUCGGCGUCGUAUCUCCGACCAGAAAGAUAUACACUCUCGUCGCCCCGGAAAAGCCGUAUGUCGAGUUGAGCAAGAACGCGGAUCGACCGGUCGCGUACUACAGAUUAACCGAACCGGCUACCAGAAGAGGCAGCUUGGACGACGUCAUUCUCGUUCCGCAAGGAGGCCGGAACGUGAUGAAGCUGAACAGCAACAAUAAGGGCGAAGUGAUCUUGGAGCUUCGCGUCAUAGCUACGCACGAUAGCACGUAACUCGCGCGUUAAACGUAA